AUGAUUCGGAACAAAGUCCACAUUGCUGUUCUCGAGACCGAUGUCCCUGGUCAGGCCGUUUACGUGAAACGCGGCUUGUACAGCUCGCAAUUUCGUGUACUCCUUACUGCGGCUGCGGAGCGCCUAAAUCAAAAUCCGGGAAAUCUCAAGCAUGGUCCAAUCGAUGUUCGAGUGACCGCGUUCGAUGUUGUGGGAGGAUUAUUACCCCAUCUUGAAGAAUUGAGAACUGAAUCUCACACCUGCAAUGGCACGGACUGUUCAAAAUCGCCCAGACCCAUCGACGCAAUACUAGUCACCAGUGCCGCAGCCGCCGCAUAUGAUGAUCUUCAUUGGAUCCCAGCACUCGAAUCCUUCAUCCAAACGGUGCAUAACAAAUAUCCACUUGUCAAGAUGUUCGGUUCCUGUUUCGGCCAUCAGCUUAUAGGCCAGGCGUUACUCGAAAAGAGCCCAUCGCUUAUCCUGAAAGAGCUGUCGACCAAAUUCUCAGUUCAGGCGCAGCCAAUCCAUGAGAUAGGCGUCCAGUCAAUUACGCUUCACCCAGCGUUUGCAUCAAGGUUCGCGCCCUUGGCUAGAUUCAAGCAGAGGGAACCGUUUAGACUCCAGCUCAUCCAUGGCGAUGUUGUGGCUCCUUCUCCGCUGCCUCUUAAGGAGGCAGAGCUACUUAAUGCUUGUCUUCCUGAGCCUUGGAUUAAUAUUGGCAGUACUGAGAAGUGUCUUAUACAGGGUCUUUAUUAUCCUGGGCGUGUUCUAACACUCCAAGGCCAUUUCGAGUUUGAUGCUUUCGCUACUGCUGAGCUUUGCUUGCAGUUUAGCCGGAAGUUUGCUUGGCCUUCCGAUCUUUUAGCAUCUCAUCUGGAUGGUAUUUGGCGCGCUAGUUGGAAUGGUGAGGAGGAUGAUUCCAAGGUUGCGGCAGAGGCUGUUCUUUUGUUCUUUGCGGGCGAGGAUUGA